UUGAGUAUCAAUUAGAGGAACCCUGCAGUGUAAAGUCUGAAAAAAACUCAUGCUUAUGAAAAACAUGAUUCUGUGACAGAAAGAUGACUAGAGAGUUGGCUGACAUGAGAGGAAAGCAAGCGACAAAUGACAGCGCGGCUCCACACUGCUAUUCAAGUUAUCCUGAGAGCUAGACACUACGGAGGCCGCCAUUAUGUACCAACUUGGCAGGCGGAGUGGGAAUUUCACAUCAUGCAAGGUAGUGGAACAUUUAUACUUUUGUCACAUCUUAGCCUGCGAUGGACAGGAACAAAGUUUUUACGCCAACAAGUCCAGACUGGUCUGAUCACAGUAUGGGGAGUACGUCUUGGUACAUUUUUGUUCCUGCGAAUUCUACGAGAUGGCCAAGACAGGCGAUUUAAUAAAGUGCGAGAUAAUCCAGGAACAUUUUUGGUUUACUGGACAGUGCAAGGCAUAUGGGUAUUUGUAACAUUGCUUCCAUCCUUGAUCUUAAAUCUGGAGAAAAGAACCAAGCCAUUGGGGCUGACGGACUACUUAGGGUGGACAUUGUGGACUAUUGGAUUCCUGACCCAAGCAGUUGCUGAUCAGCAGAAGUGGACAUUUAAAGCUGACCCUGAUAAUGCAGGUAAAUUUAUCCAGAGUGGUCUGUGGGCAUACAGUCGUCACCCAAACUACCUGGGCGAGAUCCUGCAGUGGAGCGGGCUUUUUCUGUCUGCCUCGGCAGUGCUAAGUGGAUACCAGUACCUGAGUGUUAUAUCCCCAGUAUUUGUGUGGUUCCUGCUCAGUUAUGUCAGUGGUAUUCCUAUUCUCGAAAGACAGUCAAUGAAAAGGUGGGGAGAGGACCCAGCAUAUAAAAGCUACAUACAGCAAACACCUGUGCUCUGGCCAUUGAAAUUCUGACUUUGAUCAUUAAAGGAAAUAAAAAUAAAUGAUAAAAUUCUGGGACAGACUUCCCUCCUUUUACUCUUUUUUUUAUUUUUACAUUUUUGUUAAGAAAUAUGAUUAAUAAACUCAUUGAAGAAUAAGUAGUCCUGAUG